UGCAACAAAAAGUGAACAAAACGGCAACAAAAAGUGAGCCUCGCUGCAAAUCUAUGAGUUUUGUAAGCCAAAAGACAACGAACAUUGAGUUUCAACUGCUGCCAAACAGAUAACAAUUAGCCAAUUUCACAACUUGUAGCAAUAACUAAAUUUCUAACACACCACAAAAGUUGUUCAACAAAUAAAAAAACAAAAAGAUUUAACCAAAAAUAGACGAGAAAAAUGGCGAAAUAUUAUAUGACACUGAUGCUGCUCCUGUGCCUGGCGCUGCAGAACAACAACAUCUAUGCACGAUCGCAUCCGAGUGCCGCCGAUGAGGCAGGGGGCAGCGUGCCACUGAUGCGAGCACAUCCGCAUCCGCGCCACCAGCCGCAUCAGCACGUGCAACAUCUGCAGCAGCACCAUACACGCCAGCAGCGAGAUCGCCAGCCCAAGCACAUUGCACCCGAUCCGAGCAGCAGCGAGGAGGAGGAAUUACAACAGCAGCAGCAGUUGUAUGAUCAGCGCAUGCGGCGCCACCUGCGCAGCAAGCAGGAGCGCCUGUUGCAACAGGAGCACAACUAUCAUCGCGUCACACCCGAGCAACUGAAGACCAGUCCCAAGCUGUGGCAGCUGCUCAGCCAGGGCUACCAAUUCGAUGAGUGGCUGGAUGGACCAGCUGGCAAUGAUCAAGUGGAUGACUCAAUGUUGCAAGAGGAUGAGGCAGAGCAAUACGUGAAGAACGAGCUGCAACAGAGCAGAAAUGCCACGACGAAAACAGCGUCGAGCGGUUGCCCCAAAUGCGAGAGCCAUCGCCAGGAGGAGCACAUCAGCGAGGAGGAAUUGCGUAAUCUGCGCAUUGAGUUUGUCAAGCAGCAAAUACUCGAGAAACUGCGCCUCAAGGAGAGCCCCAAAGUCUCCGGCGUGGAGCUGCCCCGCCCCAUUUUCGAGGGCAUCGCGCUGCAGCAGCAUCCGGAUGAGUCCAGCAAGAAUAAGGACUAUGAUGAUUACUAUGCCCGCACCAAUCAGAAAUUUAUUCUCCUGCAACGUGAAGAAAGAGAGUGCCGUCGUCUGGGCGGACAUCCCUCGAUGUGUUUCAGCUUCAAGAUCGACGAUGCCGAUGCGGAUGGGUUUGAUGUGAGCAGUGCUGUGCUGUGGCUCUAUAAGAACAAACAGAACUACACCAAAGCUAGCAAUGCGAACGAGUUAAGCAGCGAGCAGAGGAAGCAAACGAUUGUUGUCUCCGAGGUGGAGCAGCAGCUGGACUCCGGCUAUCUGCCGCUGACCAAGACGAUAGCCAUACAGUCGGUGAAUGUGCAAGAUGAGUGGAUGAAAAUCAACAUUGAAUGGCCGAUCAAGCGCUGGUUCGGAAAUCGCGAUCUCAGUCAUCUCAUACAGAUAUCAUGCGAAUCGUGCGACAUUGGCAGCAUGGAGGAGAUCAUAUCCAUCAACAAUAACUACAGACCCUUCAUCAUGAUCGACACCCAGAAUCGCCGCAGCAAGUCUCGCCAGAAGCGCAAUAUUAACUGUUCCAGCGGUGUGACGGAAUGUUGCCGCGAGAAACUAUAUAUUUCAUUCGCCGACAUCGGCUGGGACAAUUGGAUAAUGCAGCCGAAGGGCUACGAUGCCUAUUUCUGUCGCGGCUCCUGCAGCUCCGUGGCGAGUGUUGCCCAGGCGGCAUCGCAUCACAGCUCCUUGCUGAAAAUCCUCUCCACAAAUGGUUCACGGAAGCCAUUGGAUCUGGUGCCCUGCUGUACCGCCAAACAGUAUUCCUCGUUGCAGUUGGUCGUGCUGGACUCCAACAACUCGGCGACAGUCAAAACGCUGCCCAACAUGGUCGUCGAAUCGUGCGGCUGCAGAUAGUUCCACAGUAUAUAUAUAUAUAUAUAUAGAUAUAUAGUAUAUGUAUAUAUAUAUUGCAAACAGCAUCGAGAAACCCCCUCAAAAAAAUAUCGGACAAAUUAGAUAUAGCUCACAAUCGCUAGCCCACUUCAUAACUGCAUAUAUAUAUAUUUAUAUA